CAGGAAGCGGAAGUAAACAGUGAGAAAUCCAUGUGGUGGAAGCGCAGGGAUUUUAAACACUGAUGUUGGUACACUUGCAGUGAACGUGAGAUGGAGUUCUGACUAGAGUGGUGGUCCUCUCCACUCCAGCCUGAUGUCAUACCCUACACCUCUGUUUGGCCAUGUUGGACGUGGUACCUUUGCUGACGUCUAUGAGCCUGCAGAGGAUUCUUUCCUGUUGAUCGAUGCUUUGGAGCAGGAUGCCCAUCGACUGCAACACCUCAGACCCACAAUUUGUCUGGAGAUUGGCUGUGGGUCAGGAGUGGUGUCUGCUUUCCUGGCCUCAGUGACUGGCCCAGAAGCUCUGUACCUAUGUACUGAUGUGAAUCCAGCAGCAGCUGAGUGUGCUGCUGAGACAGCAGUCUGCAAUGGCGUUAGCCUGCAGCCAGUCAUCACAGAUUUGAUUGAAUCAUUUCUCCCAAGGCUCAGUGGUGAAGUAGACAUUCUUCUGUUCAACCCACCAUACGUCAUCACUCCUCCAGAGGAGGUCGGUGGAUGUGGCAUUGAAGCGGCAUGGGCGGGUGGUGACCGUGGCCGAGAGGUGAUGGACAGACUUUUCCCCAUGGUAACCCAGCUGCUGUCCAACCAGGGCCUCUUUUACCUGGUUACAAUAGCAGAGAAUGACCCAGAGGAAAUAUUGCGUGUACUGGCAGGAUUCGGCCUGCAGGGGGAAGUGUGUCUGGCUCGGCGUGCAGGGAGUGAACGGCUGUCCAUCCUGCGCUUCAGUCGAGCACCGUCAGUCACAAUUGGCUGUAUCUGUGAGUUGAAGAGGCUCUGUGCCGUCAAGAUUCCCAAAAGCUAGAGGAGAGAUAGGACUCGGAGAGCUCUGAGCUGGACGACAUCAUAAGAGUGUGUGUUUGAGAACAAUGCACUCUUAACACACCUCAAUGUUUGAGAUAUACCAGCUGUAACACAGUGGACUACGUGACGUGUGGAUUUUACCUCUAAGCUCCAGCUAACCAGACAGUCAAGUGUUCAGCAGUGGGUCACCCUUCUCUACUCUGAAGUAGUCAUGGGAUGAAUGAAAAGAGCGCCCUCUGUAGACUGACUGGGGGAUGCCAAAGUUCUUCUGUCAUCUGGUGCAGCCAAGUACUACCCUCAAUUAUUUUGAGAAUAAUGGCAUGCAUUCUAGUUAAGACACCUGACGUGCUCUGAAAAUGGGAGUUGGGUCCUGUCUAUAUCAUGAUUUAUUGACUAGAUCUUUUGCUAAAACAAUAAAUAACUAAAACCAUUGUA